AUGGACAAAACAAGAACGUAUCGAAUGUAUGAUCUUUGUUCUACUGGUGAAGUACCAUUUUUGGAAGAAAUUACUGGUCGCGCUCGUCCAUGUUCUUCGCGUGUCCGUUGUCCUAUAGGCUAUUAUUGUAAUAUUAAUAAAAUUUGCUGUGGCACGCCUGGAACAUGUCCAGGCAAUCAAAAAAUUGCGAUCGAUAAAGCAGAGUGUUUAGAUAUAACUGGGUUUGAGAGGAUGAUAAACCAACAUGGAAGAAGUGGGGUGAUAAAGCGGUGCAAAGACCGAGAUUUCAAUCUAUGA